CCUUUCAUCAAAUAAAAACGUGAUAAAAAAGUGAUUCUGCUCACAGUCGUUUCGGGGUAGCAUUCUUGCGCACUCAGUUAUUCUCUCUCUCUCUCUAGAGCGUCGUCGUUUAGUUAGGGCAGAAAACCCCUUUUCGGAUCGGUGGAGCGAAGCCUCGCCGGCGAGACCCCCGAGGCUGUUCAAUCGGCGAUCGAGCAACGGCGAAAAGCGACGAAGAUGAAGGUUUUCGUGAAGACUCUCAAGGGCACGCACUUCGAAAUUGAAGUGAACCCUUCGGACACGCUUUCUGAAGUGAAGAAAAAUAUAGAAACUGUUCAGGGUGCAGAUGUCUAUCCUGCUGCACAGCAAAUGCUUAUUCAUCAAGGAAAAGUUCUAAAAGAUGGUACUACUUUGGAGGAAAAUAAAGUAGCUGAAAGUAGUUUUAUUGUAAUUAUGCUAUCAAAGACUAAGAGUUCAUCUGGUGAAGGAUCUACUACUUCAACUGCACCUUCAGCUAAGCGCGAGCAGGAACAGCAACAUGGAACUCCAGCGGCACCACGCGAACGCGACGCAGCACACCGCACCAGCACCUGCACCACGACGGCAAACUCAGCACCCAGCACCAUGCUCGCGACACGGCACCCCGCACCAGCGCACCACACACACGACGAACGGACGGUGACGGUGGCGGCGGCGGCAACGGCUACAGUCUGUGACGGCAAGCCAAGUGCAACUCCUACUUCAACUUCUGUGUCUACUGCACCUCAAGCUCCUGCUUCAACUGGAGCAUCGGCUACACCUGUUACUGCCCCAACAGCUGCUCCUGCACCUGCACCUGCACCAGCUGCUCCAGCUCCAGCUCCUGCUCCUAUAUUUUCAGGCUCUUCUGUCAGGCCAGAGUCUGAUAUAUAUGGGCAGGCAGCAUCCAAUCUUGUUGCUGGAAGUAACUUGGAGGGAACAAUUCAGCAAAUCCUUGACAUGGGUGGAGGAAGCUGGGACAGGGAUACUGUUGUUCGCACCCUUCGUGCUGCUUAUAACAACCCCGAGAGAGCUGUUGAAUAUUUGUAUUCUGGCAUACCAGAGCAAGCCGAAGCUCCACCAGUUACCGGAGUGCCUGCAAGUGCUCAACCUUCAAAUCCUCCAGCUGAUACUCCACAGGCAGCACAACCAGCAUCUGUUCCUUCUAGUGGACCUAAUGCUAAUCCUUUAGACCUCUUUCCCCAGGGCCUUCCUAAUGUUGGGUCUGGUGCUGCUGGUGCUGGUUCCUUAGACUUUCUUCGCAACAGUCAACAGUUCCAAGCCUUACGCGCUAUGGUACAGGCUAAUCCACAAAUAUUGCAGCCUAUGCUACAAGAGCUUGGCAAACAAAAUCCUCAUCUUAUGCGAUUGAUUCAAGAGCAUCAAGUUGACUUCCUUCGCCUAAUUAAUGAACCUGUUGAAGGGGGUGAGGGAAAUAUACUGGGACAGCUGGCUGGUGCCAUGCCGCAAGCAGUGACUGUCACCCCUGAGGAGCGGCAAGCAAUUGAGCGUCUCGAAGCAAUGGGUUUUGAUCGUGCAACUGUAUUGGAGGUGUACUUUGCUUGUAACAAAAAUGAGGAGCUGGCUGCCAACUACCUUUUAGAUCACAUGCAUGAGUUUGAUGAAUAAUUAGAUCUCCUUUACAAUUUGUCAAAAUAUUUGUUUUAUGUUUCCUUUUGAAUGGUCUUUGUUAUGUAAUGAAGGUAAUAUUUGAUAAUGACAAGUCUCGAAUGGACAAGGAAUAUUUUAAUCACCGCAUUGUUGCA